AUGGUCACGAAACGACAAAAUUUUAGUCAAAAUAGUUUUACUGAAGAUGAGUUAGAUUCACCAAUUAUUAAAAAAAUAUUAUCAUCAAGAAAAAAAUCUUAUAAAAAAUGGACUAAAGAAGAGGAUGAUCGUUUACGAGAAUUUAUUUUAUCUCAUGAUGGUUUAAAAGAUUGGUCAAGUAUAUCAAAAUAUGUUGGUAAUGAUCGUACAGAUGCUCAAUGUCAACAUCGUUGGGAACGUUUUCUUGAUCCAUCUAUAACAAAAGGACCAUGGACUGAUGAAGAAGAUAAAAAAGUUAUUGAACUUGUACGUGAUUAUGGUGCAAAACAUUGGAGUUUAAUUGCUAAAGAAUUAAAAGGACGUGUUGGAAAACAAUGUCGUGAAAGAUGGCAUAAUCAUCUUAAUCCAUUAAUAAAUAAAAAUCCAUGGACAAAUGAUGAAAAUCUUCGUUUAUUUAUAUUACAUCAACAUUUUGGUAAUAAAUGGGCUGAAAUAGCAAAAUAUUUUAAUGGACGAUCAGAUAAUUCAAUUAAAAAUCAUUGGAAUUCUUCAAUGAAAAAAAAAUUUCAUUUAGAAAUUGAAAAUUUAAAAAAACAAGGACUUGAUUGGACAGCAUUAAUUCCAUCUGAUUUUUCAUGGCCAAACCUUGAUCAAUCAAUUUCAAUAAAUAUUAAUCGUUCAUCUCGAAUUCCAUUAAGUACAAUAACAAAUCAAACAUUACAAAUACAUUCUUCAAAUAUGAAAAAACCUUUAAUAGAAAAUAUCUUAUCUCCUUUAUCAAACAUUAAAACAGAAAAUCAUAUAUCAAUUGUGAACAGUAAUAAUAAUCAUCAUCAAUUAUAUUCAACAACUAAUCAAAAUAAUUUUAAUAUUAUAUCAACAAUCUAUCCCGAACAAUUACAGUCUAUGCCAUCUCCUUCUCAAAUCUCUACCGAUCUUCUUCAACAUCAUUCUUCUCAAGAAGUCGAAAAUUUACUCUUUUGUUCUCAACCAUCACCAAUUAAACAAUUACCAAUGUUAUCAUCUUGUGCUAAUUAUACACCUUCAAGUCAAAAUUCUCAAUCGAAUCAACAUCAUCUAUCAUUAUUUCAUUCGUAUUCAUCUAAUGAUUAUUAUUCAUCACAUCCACCUUCAAGAUCAUCAUCAUUACCUGUAUUUACUUGUUCAUCAUCACCACAUCUAUCUUUAUUAUCAACAGAUAUAAAUUUAUUUUC